AUGAAAGAAGGUGAAGCAGGUGCAUUAUUAGAGUAUUUUGAGAAGAGAAUUGAAGAUCCAUCUUUCUUUUUUCCGGUGCAGUUAGAUGUUGAUGAUAUGAUCACAAAUAUCUUUUGGACAAAUUCGAAGAUGAUCAUGGACUAUAAAAUUUCUGAAGAUAUGCUCUCGUUUGAUAUUAGUUAUCAAACAAAUAAGGAAUAUGGGCCACUUGCUAGCUUUGUGGGAUGGAAUAACCAUAGAAAAAUGUUCAUCAUCAAGUUCACAUUUAAGCACACUCUAAGAGUGGAAGAGGAGCUCAACAAGCUCAAAACAUUGGAAACAGCAGUUGGUGCAACUACUGAGACAAUUUGCUAUAGCCUACUUGGUUUGGAGGAAUUAUACAAGUACAUAGAUGAUCUCAACUUGCCAAUAACCUUUCAAGCCCUCUCUCCCUGUAAACAUGAGAAAUUGGUCGAAGAUUUAUUGGACAAGUCGGUGAGGCCACUCGAUGUUUGUGGCACCACAAAGGAACUUGUCUCCCAGUGUAAAGAAAAC